AUGUCCCAGUCGGCGAAGCACCAUGCAGACUACACGAUCGCCUGGAUUUGCGCGCUCCCGCUCGAGGCCGCAGCCGCGCGAACGAUGCUCGACAAAACACACCCCCAACUCCCUCAGCCUCCGACCGACCAUAACGUCUACACCCUCGGCGAGAUAUCCGGCCACAACAUCCUGAUCGUCUGUCUGCCUGCCGGAGUAUACGGCACGGUCUCUGCGGCCAUCGUGCUAUCGCAAGUCCUGUCAACCUAUACCGCGCUGAAGUUUGGGCUGAUGGUCGGAGUCGGUGGUGGAAUCCCUCGAUCGGUAGAAAACAGUGAUAUGUGGCUUGGGGAUGUCGUGGUCAGCAAGCCCACAUCCGAUGGGACGAGCGGAGUGGUUGCCUACGAUUCUGGGAAACUCCUGGGCGACGCCGGGUUCACGUUGACCACAGUCAUGAAUCGGCCGCCGCAACUGUUGUUGAACACUUUAUCGCAUGUGCAAACCGAGGUCAUAAUGGGAAAUUCAUUGGGGAUCUCGGCGAUCGUUGCGCGGACAUUGGCCACAAACCCGGACAUGGCGGAGCAGUAUUCUACUCCGGACAGGGCGACCGAUCGCCUAUUCCAAGCGGAUUACAACCAUCCACGAGGUGCGACGGACUGUUCUGGGUGCGAGCGGCAAUAUCUUGUCGAUCGGCCGACUCGAAUCUCAGAUGAGCCGCGGGUUCACUAUGGAGUCAUUGCGUCUGGGAAUCAGUUGAUUCGAGACAGCAUUAGUCGGGAUCACCUAGCCGACAAAUACAACGCGCUAUGUUUCGAGAUGGAGGCCGCUGGGUUGAUGAAUCAGCUCCCGUUCCUGGUCAUCCGAGGAAUUAGUGAUUACUGCGACUCCCAUAAGUCCAAGCGCUGGCAGGGGUACGCGGCACCGACGGCUGCGGCGUACGCAAAGAUCCUUUUGUCAAAGAUACCCCCAGGCUAUAGUCCAGUCUCCGCAACGAUAGCUGCAAUCUCGCCCUCACCGGAGUCAAUCAAGCCAUACUUUAUGGUGCCUUUUGCGCAAAACCCUCAGUUUUUAGGCCGUGGCUCAGAGCUCAUCCAGCUCAGGAGGAUGGUUCUAGAUGGAGGUGGCCCUCGCAAAGCUGCAAUAUCGGGCCUUGGGGGUAUAGGAAAGACACAGGUUGCGAUCAAUAUUGCCUACCAUUUUCGCGACCAAGGGCUUCAUUCAGUCUUCUGGAUAUCAUCCACAAGUGCCCAGGCGGUGCAACAGGGCUUCCUUGACCUGGCUGCACGCGUCGGAUUGCAAGACAUAACUCCCGAUAACGUCAAAAUGCGGGUGAAGAGUUACUUGACCUCGAAUGUGACUCGACCAUGGAUACUCAUGAUCGACAAUGCGGACGACAUGGAGAUUUGGUCGUCGUCAUUUGCCAGGGAGACGAUCCCGGUCGCUCAACACGGUUUCACACUAUUCACGACUCGCAACCACCAGCUCGCAGUGAGAUUAGUCGGUCGGAAUAUCAUCCGACUGAUGGCGAUGGACGCUAGUGUGGCCACGGCCAUGUUAAGCCAGACCCUUUGGGACGAGAGUCUACUGGGAAACGACAAGGAUGCACUUUCGCUUGUUGACCAUUUGCAAGGCUUGCCGUUGGCCAUCAUGCAAGCAGCUACCUACAUGAACGAAAACCAAAUAUCCGUUGAUACAUACGUUUCACUGAUCGGAGAACAAGAAGACUCCUUGCUGGAGUUGCUCGGCCAGGAUUUUGGGGACAAAUGGAGACUAGCGAAGGCCGCGGCGCGCAGCGCCGUGGUUAGAGGUAGCAAGCUAGUUCCCAUUAAUAUUAUAGCUUAUUUCUUAUGGUACUAA